AUGUCCUUUGAAACUCAAGUGAAUCUUUCCUUCAUGAAUUGGACUGAAAAUUUGAAAGAUGAAAUUAAUACAACAACAUCGGUGGAAAACUAUUCUGUUCCAGAAGGCGUGCAAGCCAUUAUGUAUAUUAUGUACACAGCCAUUUCUUUCGCUGCGAUAGGAGGAAAUGGAAUUGUGUGUUACAUCGUACUUGCUGAUCAACACAUGCGUACUGUAACUAACUUCUUUAUCGUGAACCUAGCAGUGGGGGAUUUGCUAAUGGCCGUCUUAUGCAUACCUUUUACUUUCGUUGUUAACUUAAUUCUUCACCGCUGGCCAUUUGGUACAACUCUGUGUAUUGUAGUCACCUAUGCCCAAGCAGUAUCGGUGUUUAUUAGCGCCUAUACCAUGAUAGCUAUCAGCAUUGACAAGUAUAUUGCCAUCAUCAAACCACUAAGACCACGAAUGACUAAGCUCCAAGCAAAGCUGCUGAUAUUCCUGGUAUGGAUGGUGGCCAUCAUUACACCACUUCCCACUGCUGUGGUUUCUAGACUUGUAACAACAAAAGACUCAGAUGACUACCAUUGCACAGAAGUCUGGGAUCCUCCGGAACAACGCUACUACUACGGAAUGGCGCUGAUGACACUUCAAUAUUUCCUUCCUUUAUUGGUCCUCAUUUUCACUUACACAAGGAUAGCCAUAGUGGUGUGGGGAAAGCGAACACCUGGCGAAGCAGAAGAUGGUAGAGACCAGAGAAUGGCAGCUUCGAAACGAAAAAUGGUGAAGAUGAUGAUUAUGGUAGUUACAGUCUUCACAUUUUGUUGGCUACCUCUAAACGCCUUAAUCGUGGUAAGUGAUCAAGACCAAACCAUUUGGUCUUACGAGCACAUCCAAUAUAUAUGGUUUAUUUGCCACUGGCUAGCCAUGAGUCAUGCUUCCUACAAUCCUAUCAUUUACUGCUGGAUGAAUUCCAAAUUCCGUAACGGGUUUCGUCACAUAUUUUGUUUCUUACUUCCUAGAGUUAGAAGCAGUCGUCUUCGUCAUUAUCGAGGAAGAAAAAGUCUUAGAAGAACCUGCACCACUGUGCGCACUACUAGUUUCAAGGAAUCAGUGACCACCGGAAAUGUAGUCACCUUGGAUCAACGUUUACCUGCCAUAAAAGGCAACACAUUCCCUGCAAGAACCAUGUUCAAAAGCUAUACUUCUAAAUUUGAAAAUGUUGCUACAUCCAAUUGCAGUUUUGAGUAA